AGUAUGAUCAUAACGGGAAGUGACGCCAUCUUGCAAGAAACAUCCUGCAAAAAUAAAAACAAAGAAAUUUCCAAUAUUUACAGCAUAUGAAGAAGAGUCAGAUUACACAUUGAUGGAUAUUGGGAUCAAUGGAUCCAGAGUAUGAGAAGCGCCUUUUACGGCAGCAGAAUGGACAGAUUUCCCCAUAUGCUUCGCCACUUUCCCUCAGUCCAAGAUUGAGUCCUUCUAGUCCAAUAGCUUCCCCUAGCAAAGACAAAUAUGGUGACAGGUUCAUUCCUAGUAGAGCAGGUGCUAGCUGGCAAAUCAACUUUAACAUUUCAAAAGGAAGCCCCACAUCAUCUCCAACUCCCUCAUCUAAAUCCAAAGACUCAACAAAUGACUCUGCUAAAGAUGGCUUAGCUUAUUCAUGUUUACUGAAAAAUGAAUUGUUGUCUGCUGGAAUAGAAGACCUCAAGCAAGAUCAUCUCUCUGACGAUAGAAAAAUACUUGUUCCUAAAGAAAGUCAAAAUCUCUUUCGUUACCAUGUACCUCGCAGGAGUCUGGACUUCAGUGAUUCCUCUCCAUAUUCUUUGUCCCCUGUAGGAAGUAAAAGCCAAAAGCUUCUACGGUCACCUCGCAAGGCUGUAAGAAAGAUUUCUAAGAUCCCAUUCAAGGUCCUAGAUGCCCCAGAACUUCAAGAUGAUUUCUACCUUAAUCUAGUCGACUGGUCUUCCCAGAAUGUGCUAAGUGUUGGUCUAGGGACCUGUGUGUACUUGUGGAGUGCAUGCACUAGCCAGGUGACCAGAUUAUGCGAUCUCUCUAGCGACAACGACACAGUAACCUCUGUCUCCUGGUCAGAAAGGGGACAUCUGGUUGCUGUAGGAACCCACAAAGGUUAUGUUCAAAUAUGGGAUGUAGCAGCAACUAAGAAAUUGAACACAUUGGAGGGCCACAGUGCCAGAGUUGGUGCUCUAGCUUGGAACACAGAUAUUUUGUCAUCAGGGAGUCGAGACAGAUUGAUUCUACAAAGAGACAUUCGUACUCCAUGUGUCCUUCCUGAUCGUAAACUGACCGGCCACAGACAGGAAGUGUGUGGACUCAAAUGGUCACCUGACCACCAGCACUUGGCCUCUGGUGGUAAUGACAAUAAACUGUAUGUGUGGAAUAUGACUAGUACUAACCCAGUGCAGACGUACAAUGAACACUUGGCAGCAGUGAAGGCUAUCGCAUGGUCACCCCACCAGCACGGAUUGCUGGCUAGUGGCGGGGGGACCGCUGACCGGUGUAUUCGCUUCUGGAACACUCUGACCUGCCAGCCAUUACAAUGUGUGGACACUGGCUCUCAAGUGUGCAAUCUGGCCUGGUCUAAACACUCGAAUGAGUUGGUCAGUACACAUGGGUAUUCACAAAAUCAAAUAUUAGUUUGGAAAUAUCCCUCACUUGUUCAGAUUGCCAAGCUCACAGGGCAUACAUACAGAGUACUAUAUUUGGCAAUGUCCCCUGACGGAGAGGCCAUAGUAACAGGAGCAGGGGAUGAAACUCUUCGUUUCUGGAAUGUUUUCAGCAAGACUCGCUCAACUAAGGAGUCCAAAUCAGUGUUGAACUUGUUCACUCGUAUUCGCUGAGCCAUGAAGUCCCCAUUCUACUGCCCUUCGUCGUGUGUUCCUAUUGUUGACGAGUUGUUGUCGGGUUAUCUGUGCGUUUUUAUGUCUGUGGUAUGUUUUAGUGACUGUGUUUUACCAGUAAUAUUCUGGGCAGUGUAUAUGUACAUGAGUAGAAAAUAUAUAUUGUAGAUCAGAUACAUAUAAGGUAGGGAUGGCUGUAUAUUUAAGUUACCUUAUGUAUCUCACUGCCAUUGAAUCCGAGUUGGAAAUUGGGGUGACGGACAUAAUCCUCUGUCAAAAUCCAUGUAAAAGACAGUUUAUUAAACACACUGUAAUUUGAUAUUACUUUUCCUGUAGUCUACAAGCUGUACUACUUAUUCAUGAUUUCUUUACUUUAAUAACGAAGCUUCAUUCCCAUUUAGGCAUUUCUGAAUUUUUUUUUUUUUAUAAAGCAAAGUCAGUAAACCUCCUGGAUUUUUGUUGAAUGUACUAUUUGUCAUUUUAUUUCAAUCUCAUGCUAUAUCAACUUGUUUUGGUUUUACUUGAAAUUGUCCCCAAAAAUUAGAUAUUAAGAUAUAAGGGACAAAAAUAGUUUUUACUUUUGUUUUAUUCUAGAUACUGUCAGACGACUUUAAAAUAAAUCUUGUUUUUUUUUAUAAUGUACACAUUGACUGUGACACAUUGUUUUACUUAUUUAUAUAACUUGUAUUGCAACAAAGCAGCUGCAUAAUUUUGUUAGCAGAAAAAUAUGUUCAUUGAAAUAAAAGACCAAAAAAUAAAA